CCCGAGGGCUAACAGAGAAAGCGAGUAUCCCUCCCGCCCCUGGCUGGUGUUCUGCACCACCCCGCGGCCCGGCCCCGAGUCCCAAUCCCUGCUCUCCAGCCCGGCCCCUGCCCCGCCCCGGCCCAGCCCGGCCCGGCCGCCAUGGAGAGCUGGCCCUGGCCGUCGGGCGGCGCCUGGCUGCUUGUGGCGGCCCGUGCGCUGCUGCAGCUGCUGCGCGCGGACCUGCGUCUGGGCCGCCCGCUGCUGGCGGCGCUGGCGCUGCUGGCCGCGCUCGACUGGCUGUGCCAGCGCCUGCUGCCCCCGCUGGCCGCACUUGCCGUGUUGGCCGCCACCGGCUGGAUCGUGUUGUCCCGCCUGGCGCGCCCGCAGCGCCUGCCCGUGGCGACUCGCGCGGUGCUCAUCACCGGCUGUGACUCUGGUUUUGGCAAGGCGACGGCCAAGAAGCUGGACGUGCUGGGCUUCACAGUGCUGGCCACCGUGUUGGAUUUGAAUAGCCCUGGUGCCCUAGAGCUGCGUGCCUGCUGUUCUCCUCGUUUAAAGCUGCUACAGAUGGACCUGACCAAGCCAGCGGACAUUAGCCGCGUGCUGGAGUUCACCAAGGCCCACACCGCCAGCACUGGUCUGUGGGGCUUGGUCAACAAUGCGGGUCAGAACAUCCUCGUGGCAGAUGCGGAGCUGUCUCCAGUGUCCACAUUCCGCAGCUGCAUGGAGGUGAACUUCUUCGGUACACUCGAGAUGACCAAGGGCCUCUUGCCACUGCUGCGCCAUUCGAGCGGUCGCAUCGUGACUGUGAGCAGCCCAGCAGGAGACAUGCCAUUUCCGUGCUUGGCUGCCUAUGGGACCUCCAAAGCGGCUGUCGCGUUGCUCAUGGACACGUUCAGUUGUGAACUUCUGCCCUGGGGUGUCAAGGUCAGCGUCAUCCAGCCUGCCUGCUUCAAGACAGAGGCAGUGAAAGACAUGGACCAGUGGGAAGAGCGCAAGCGGCAGCUGCUGGCCAACCUGCCCCGAGAGCUGCUGCAGGCCUACGACCUGUCUCCCACUGUCCAUCUGGAACCUGCACUUCCACAGCAAACUGCUUGCCGCUUGGCCCGUGUUCCACACUUGCUUCUGCAUGUGCUGUCCCUCUGCCUACACUACUACAACCUCCAGGCAGCAAGCCACUCCAGCCCAGCUUACGGCCACGGUCUGUCAGAGCUCCCAAGACUCCAAGGGACCCGAAACCCUCUCUCCACUCUCCGUGAGCUCAGCCCUCCUCUGCAUUCGGAGAAAUCAGACAGAUUCACAAAGUGAGAUGGUCUGAGUCAGGCCCUGGGGCUAGUGGGCCUGGCCCAGCAAAAGCAACAGGAAGGGAGCAAAAGGCAGGGUGAGGAGGAGAGAAUGGAAAGCGAAGUGGAAGGGAAGAGAAAGGUAAGCAGCAGUGGGCGGACCUCGCUUUCUGGCUCAGGACCGCCCCCGGGGGUCCGAAAACCCCACACGGCGGCACUGACACUGAUGCCACUGCCUGCCACCUCCCUCCUCCGCCAGGGUAGCUCACCCAAGGGCGUGUCCACCAGAAUGGCAUUGUAGAGCUCGGCGGGCGUCUGUGCGAUGUUCACGGCCUCCAUCUGCUCAAAGCUGCCUAGUGGGUGGCACUUGGGCACAAGCUCGGCGAUAGAGCGCUGGUGCAGUGUGCCCGUGAUGAGCAGGAUUACGUUGUCAAUCAUGUAGCUGUAACUGCGGGAGGCACACAGCAGGGCGGCAGCCCUUGAACUCCUGGCACAGCACCACGCCCCUGCCCCCACCCGGCGCAGGCCACCAGCCCCUCAACGGCAAGCACCACCUCAGGCUCCUCUCCCUGUCCAAGGGUGCCCCCUCCUCCGGCACCAGAAGCACAGGACAGACAUGGCCCCUCCCUGGGGGGGGGGUGAGAACUCAUGCCCCACGAGUGAUCAGGAAGCAGGUGCAGGUAGUAACUACCCCCCAGGUGUGAACAGUGUUCUGGCAGGACACGGGAAGCACGUGCACGGAGGUGAGGCGCACGGGCCAGCCUGGGGGAUGAAAGAACUGGGAGAUGAAAGCAUGUUCUGGGAAGAGGGAACAGUGUGUGCAAAGGCCUGGAAGCAAUCACUGAGUGGCGGACGCCUCAAGGAACUGAGCACGGUCAGGGUUGGCAGAAGGAAGGGAACCGGUGCAGUGCUGCCAGCAGGCUGGAGCCUAGAGGUGGGUCCUGUGGGCCCGGCUGAGGGUUCUGACUUCGUUUUGAGCACGAGGGACCCAUGAGCAGGAUAUAAGCAAGGAGUACCACAGGCACUCUGGCUGCUGGUGGGGACAGAGGGGGAGAUGGCAAGAGGAGGAGAGGCUGAGGAGUGGAGUGGGGAGAAGCUUCUCUAGGGAAAACCAGAGAAGACUCAGAGGGAGGGUCCCUGGAGUAAGGCCCCUGGUCAGUCAGGCUGAGACAAGCAGGCAGACAGCUGCCCUGUGCAGCCCGCUCCAAAGACAGGGCACUGCCUCCUCCUUUAGGGCCUGAGGAGCCACCAGGAUGGCCUGGAGGAGAUCCAGAGACCUGGAAGGAGCCUGGGCUCAGGUCAGUCCCCUCCGGCACAGAAGGCCCGCUCUGCACAGUGCACGGGCAGCAGGGGGGGCUGGAGAGCUGGGGAGGGGUGGGGCUACCCAGCUCAGACUUGGCAACGGGCAAGCUCUGCCUCCACCCUUUGAGACAAUGCCACAAAGGGGCUGUGGCCAAGAGUUCUGUGUAGUCACCUGUGUGAGCAAUGGGGUGAAGAGGGCGAGAGGGCCCCAGUCAGGCUGCAGGAGCCACAACAUUCCUCCAGCUUGUCACCAGUGAUGAUCUCAGGGCAUGAGGCAGCUGGAUGAGGCCUGGGGGUUCAGCUCCAAGGCCAGAGUGGGGCUCCCACUGAAGGGUGGGAGCUGGGCUGGAGGCUGCUGCCCUGAAUUGGGCACUGAGCACACCCUGGCUGUUGGGUGGGCCAACAGCUGUCCUGUGACAGUAUCUUGAGGCUGUCCAAGGUAGGAAGUGGCCCCCAAUUCCAAGGGAAGAAAAGUAAGGAGGUGGUGGCCUAGGCCUCAGCUCAGAGGGCUGGCUACUGGGGGAACUCCCACAGGGCCUGCCAGGAAGGCGGCAGAAGGAAGAAACCACAGCUCCUGUCCCCGCCUGACCCCCACCCCCCUGCUUGCUACACACUCCCCCAACUCCCACCCAGCCCAGUGCCCUGCUAUGACCUCUGCUCUCUCGGGCCUGGGGCCAGGCAGCUGCCCUCUCUCUGCCCCCAAUCCGACUGGGUCAGCCACAGGAUGUGUGCUGAGAAGAGACAGGCCUGCCUUCUCAAACUGAGGGCUUCAGGCAGGGCCCAUUCACAGCCGCGAGCCGAGGGGCCCGAACGGCCAGCCUUUUGCCCCCACCUGACAGAGCUGGCAGAGUCGAGGGACCUCAGAGAGAUCCCGCCAGAGCUUUGUGCCUUGGUCUCCAGCCCCAGCCUGCAUUGUCCCUAACCUGGACAGCACAUCCCUCUUGCCCCUGAUGCCUCCAGAAUCUCACGCACCGCAGGACCCACCAUACAUCAUCUCCCGCAACACUCCACCUGUGUCCCAUCCAGCCCCACUCUAGCCAUCGUGUUCCCUGAGACAGCCACAAAGUCCCUACCCCCGAACCCGAAGAUGCUCGUUCACGCUCUCACCAGACUUUGGGCAGGGACGGGGAGAAUGCUGUACCUCUUCGAGCUGUUCUAUCCAACUGAUCCCACAACCACCAGCAUCACCAGCCCCACUGUCAGAGGAUAUGAGACACAGAGGCUGCAGGCCCCAGGCCCUGUCACAUCAUAAAGCAGAGGAGCACCGUGUCUCUUGGUCAGUGUCCAUGCACCUCCACCCACGUCCAGGUUCCCAUGCCUUGACUCUACACUCCCCAUCUAGCCUUGCCUUCUCAGAGGAAUCUCCACAAGUCAGCUUCCUUUCUCUAAACCUCUCCGCUCCUUGCACCAGGGUAUUCAUUUAUGUUGGGGACGGGGCUGGUGUCAGGGCCCAAGGAAGGUGCCUUGGCAAUUGUCAGGGUCCUGACCCGGCUCAGAGGUGAGCCCUGUGGGAAGACUCCACUGUCUGGCUUUGCUGCUGUCCCUCCAGUGAUGUGGAACAGGAUGGCUAUGAUUCACUUUUCAGCCCUGACAGCAGAUGUGAGGGCUGGUGAUAGCACCCCCUGGCUGCCCCCAGACUCUCCUGCUAGAAGUCCUGGCUGGGCACCAAGGGAAAUGCUAAGCCAAGUAAAGCUCCCCAGCCCCUUCCAAGGCCCUCUUCUAAUCCAGGCUAGGCCAGCUUUGGAUGACCCUAUGCCAGGCCCAGCGGCUCCCUCCCCCGAGUCAACUGCAAGGUUACUAUGGCAGUAGCCCCUGUUUCUUUCCCCUGCCCAGUGAGGGCCAGAAUCUCCUUUCCUGGGAUGAAAGGAGGCAGGGCAUGGCAGAGAUGAUGCCGGCCCAGCUGUCUGCUUUUCCCCCCAAGGUGAAGGCCUUCAGCAGGCAGGGAAAUCCUCCUCCUCGUCUGGCUUGAGCUGCUGCCUCCCUGCCCCCAGAAAGCCACUCCACCAGUCCUCCCUUCAUUUGGCCUUAAUAGGAGAGUGUGAGUUUCCAGCUGGUCAGCAUCUCCCUCCAGAAGAAGACAGUUGGGGAGUGGACAGGCGUCUGCCCGCCAGGCCAAAGAGGCCCUCUUGGGGUGGGAGUAGGGCAGUCUGUAUUGCUCUGCCCUGAGGCCCUCCCUCACCCUGUGCCUUCAAGAGUCAGCUUGGGGGCUUCCCUGGUGGCGCAGUGGUUGGGAGUCUGCCUGCCAACGCAGGGGACAUGGGUUCGAGCCCUGGUCUGGGAAGAUCCCACAUGCCACGGAGCAACUAGGCCCGUGAGCCACAACUACUGAGCCUGCGCGUCUGGAGCCUGUGCUCCGCAACGGGAGAGGCUGCGACAGUGAGAGGCCCGCGCACUGCGAUGAAGAGUGGCCCCCGCUCGCCGCAACUGGAGAAAGCCCUCGCACAGAAACGAAGACCCAACACAGCCAAAAAUAAAUAAAUAAAUAA